UUAAGGUAUCGAAGUCCGAAAUUCAGUCAAAACACAAAGAGUGCGAAACGGUAUAAAUACUGCUCCAGCGUAACUGAAAAGCAUUACAUUUCAUUUGCCCGACCUCAUCACUGAGCAGUCCUUAAGUUGCAGAAAGUAUGAAGACGAUUGCACUUAACCUCGCCCUUGCCGGCUGCCUCCUGGCCGUUUGCCAAGGGGUCAUUGUGCCUGGCCCGUGUCCCACUGUGACCUUGCAGCAAGACUUUGUCUUGGACCAAUACCUCGGAACAUGGUAUCAGGCUCAAGCGUUCCCAAACCCUGCUGAAAUCGGAAAGUGCGACUCUUCUGUGUACACCGACAAUGGAGACGGAACCUUCUCAAUAGUCCAAACUUCAGUUGAUCCCAACACUGCUGAAACUACAACGGUUGUCGGAACUGGAAUUCAGAACAGCGCCACUAACGAAGGACAACUCCAGGUCACCUACCCGGACAUUUCAGCUAAUCCUUUGGAUCUGCUGAUUUUGGGCACUGAUUACGAGGGAUUUGCUGUGACUUUCCGCUGCGGGGAACAGGGAGGCCAAUCUGCCCAGGAUGCUUGGAUCCUCACUCGCGAUAGAGAGCCCUCUGCCGCCGUUGUGGAAGCAGCGCUUGCCGUGGCUGCCAGCAAUGGACUUGACACAUCGCUCUUUGUUGUCACCGACCAGACCAACUGCCCUGCUUAACUUCAAAAAGUUUCAAACUUUGUUAACUUUUCUGGGCGACAGACUAUGCAAAUAAAAUUUGAAAAA